AUGAGUGGUAUUAACCCUUUAGUUUAAGAUAUGAGUAACAUAGAUCCACGAGCUGAACCAGGAUAUAUAUUGAGUUAGGAAUAUCCUUAAGAACAAGACUAUUAGGAAAGCAGCUACAUCAAGUAGAUGAUUGAUAAAUACUUCUAUCAUCCUGAAAAAGAGAAAUUAAAGGAAUAGAUUAUUAUGAAAAUUUAAGAAAUAGUAAAUCAGUGGAUGGUAAAUAUCAACAUUAAUGAGAGAAAAAUCCCUGAGCAAGUAGCUCACAUGUAACUUGCAAGAGUUUUGCCUUUUGGUAGUUAUUUUCUUGGUGUUUCAAGUGUAGAUGGUGAUGUUGAUCUUGUUUGUAUUGCACCUAACUUUGUUGAUAGAUUCAAACAUUUUAAUGGAUAACUUUAUGAUAUGAUUUCAAAUAUGGAUGGAGUAGAAUAUCAUAAUAACGUUAUUGAUGCAAAAGUUCCUAUUAUGUAAUUUGAAAUCCAGGGAGUACCUAUAGAUAUUUCUUUUGCAUAGCUUGAUGUAGAAACUCUGCCAGAUGAUAUUGAUAAGCAAAUACCUGAUACACAUUUAACUAUGAUGGAUGAAAGGGAUAAGCUGAGUAUAAAUGGUUAUAGAUGUAACUAAGCUAUUAUAAGGUACGUCACUGAGCACAGUGAGGAUAAGCAAUAAAGCAAGCAGAGAUUUUAAGAAUCUCUUAAGGUUAUAAAAAUAUGGGCAAGAAAUAAUGGAAUUUAUGAAAACAGAUUAGGCUAUUUAGGUGGUAUAAGUUGGGCACUUUUGCUAGCUAAAAUAUGCCAAAUGUUCCCCAACCUAGAAGUUAAUGGAAUCAUAGAGCAAUUCUUUUUAUAAUAUUCUUCUUGGAAAUGGCCAACUAUGGAGGUUCUGUUAGGGCCAUUUAGCUAACCUGAAGAGAGAUAAAAAAACUAAAAAUUUGAAAUGUCAAUUUACACUCCUGCUUAUCCAGAAUAUAAUUCUACUGAAAGAGUUAAAAAAAUAAAUUUGGAGAUUAUUGACUAUAAAAUAAAGGAAGCAAACAGAAUUAUUCAAGAAGAAAUUAAAACAGGACAAGCUCCAUGGGAUAGGUUGAUAUAGGAAGAAGAUUUUUUAAAUAAGUAUACCAAAUUUAUUGAGAUAGACUUGAUUAGAAUUGAGCGCGAUGAAACUAUGAGAGAGUUUAAGACUCAGUAAGAUAAACUUUCAGUUAAAUUGCUUACACUGUUUGAAUUUUUCUCUCAAAAAAAACCCUAAGAGCUAGAGAUUAGACCUUGGCCUUUCUUUUAUAAAAAGAAAGAUCAAAAGUAUCCUCAGUGUUCAGCCUUUUUGAUAGGCAUAAAAGCCAAAAGCCAUAUUUAAGAAGAGUAUAGUUUCAAGAAUUGCAUUUAAGAAUUUGCUAUGUAGCAAAGAAAAUCGCUUGAUGCAUUAACUAAUUGCAUGAUUAGAGUAUUUUAGGCAACUAAGUAAGAUUUAAACGACAUAGCAUUUACUGAAGAGGACGAAUAACAAUUUUAAAAUUAAAAUGAUUUCUAAGAGAAUGAAGACUAUCAAAAUUUAAAUCAAAAAAGAUAAAAUGAUAAUAUCCAUGAUUACGAAAAGCAAUAGCCAUACAAAAAGUUAAAAACCUAUCAAGACAAUGAUGAAAGUUAAAAUGAUUAAUAAAACUAAAAUAAUGAAAAUGAAGAUUACAACAACUAAGAACAAGAGUACGAUUAAGGAUAAUAAGAUUAUUAAGAAAAUAACGGUGAUGCAAAUGAUUAAGAAAAUAAUGACAAUAUGGAUGAUUUUCUAUGA